AUGUCACAUCCGUCAACGCCGCAAUACAGCGGAGCGACCGCCGGGUCGUCCUUGUUCGGCGGCCCUUCUAAUCCCUUCGCCAGCACAAGCAGCGCGAGCGCACCCAGCCUUGCCCUGCCCGCAUCGCAGAUAGUGUCUGAGGCUCCACAAGCACCCACGCCGCCCUCAGCGGUAUCCUCGUCAAACAACACGUUCGUCAUGUCCAACUCACCAGUAAAGAACCGAACGGUCGGGGAAAUAUACCGUCCGAGAGUCAUCAGAACACUGGGGCAACGACCAGCUUGUCUUGUCAACGCUUCUGUCACAUAUUGCGGCAACAACCAGAUCUAUGCUUUCGGCGGGUUCGACCAGUAUACGGACGAAGUAUACAACCACGUCCUCAAGCUCGACCUCGUCAGCCAUCAGUGGAGUCUUGUCGACAACUAUGGUGACAUCCCCGGGGUUCGCAUGGGUCACACAGCUACGCUAUACCAGGGAGAUAAGCUCCUGGUGUUUGGAGGCGAGAAUGAACACAGGACCUAUCUCUCAGACCUCAUCGUCUUCGAUCUCAAGACAGCGCACUGGACUCAGCCGCAAGUGACGGGUCCAGUGCCCAAGGGUCGCGCACGGCAUGCUGCUGUGUUGCACGAUGACAAGUUAUUCAUCGUGGGUGGCAUCACGGGACACGACAACUACGUGUUGGACGACAUAUGUUAUCUUGAUCUCAAGACAUACACCUGGUCACGGUCUUGGCGGUUUGUGGGGCGGUUUGACCAUUCCGCUUAUAUAUGGGGCGAUCGCAUAUGGGUCUUUGGCGGGCUCAGUGAGGACAUGGACAAGCCCGGAGAUCUGUGGUGGCUGGAUCUCAAGGGCGUACCUGCUUUCGAUACGGCACCCCAGCUCGGAUCGAGUAUGGAUAGGCAAAUGCAGAUAGGGCGCCAGUCGGACUCGCCACGCCCGACACAUGCCACAGGUUCGGGAGCCGUACCAGGAUCCACUGGCUAUGCAGCCAAUUCACGAACAGCCCAGGUCAGCACGCCGUCAUUUCAGCUGAAGAAGUAUGCACCCAUGGCGCCAGGCGCCAUUUCCAGCCUGAAGUUCCUUUCUGGCAAUAAUGUGCCAUCCCAAGGUUCUGGCAUACACUUCCAUAUCUAUUCUUCCGGCACGCUCCUGGACUUUGUCACACCAGCGGCCACGAUUUCGCACAAGGAGUGCUCUCUAUCGGCACUUGAUUUGGUCACAUUGCGGUGGCAAAGGCUUGCCGAGGGUCGCGACGUGUUCAAGCCAGGAUUUAGGUGGCACUACUGUACACUAAAUGACGACGGCACCAAAGCUUGGCUCCUCGGCUGUCCUACAGAUCUUCCAGGGGAGCCGACCAACUUUACAGAGGAAUAUCUCAGCGACAUCAUGGAAAUUGAUCUCCGCAGAUAUGGCUUCCUCGGCAACAAUGUGCCACCGGAACCUCGUACCCAGCACGCACGGCCAUCACCAAAUAUGCGAGUACAAGAUGUGCCAUCCAAGGGAUUAGGCAAUGACCUUGCGGCACUUUUCAACCAACCACCAGAAACCAACAGCGGUACGGAUUUCAUCAUCACAGCACUAGCCGAGGAUUUUGACGACAAUGAUAUGAUGGGUCCUGGUACCAUCCGGGCCGGCGAAAUGUCCGAGCAAAAUUGGCUAGAACCGAACGCGCGGACAUCUCAGCCCAUCCACGUCCACAAGUUGAUACUCCAAGCCAGGUGGCCGCAUUUCUCCCGCUUGUACAAUUCGCAAAUGGCCGAGUUCCACACAAAGAAGAUGCAUAUCCCUGAGCCUUACACUGUGGUCAAGGCUUUCCUCUACUAUCUGUACACAGACAGCAUCCACGCCGAUGAUGGCGUGACCGAGCUGUCAGAUGUGGCAGGUCUCCUCGUCAUGUCCAACAUUUACAACAUCCCGCACCUCCGGCUGCUGUGUCUGAACCGCCUGCUCAAGGAACUGGACGUCGAUCACGCAUGCAUCAUCUGGUACUGCGCGGGACUCGCAGAGGAGGAGUGGCUCCGCAAGCGGGCCGCCGCCUUCUGCCUGACGCACUGGGGCCGCAUCGUGAGGACUCCCGACUUCCUGCGGCUUCCCAGGACGGCGCUGGUCGAGCUGUCCCAGGAGAUCGACAUGGAAGGGCGCGUGAUUGGCGGGGACGAGAUAGACUACGUCGAUGGGUACCGGAGUCGGUACGACAGCUGCCAUGGGCGCAAGGAUAGCGUCAGCAGCGACCGCACGCAGGCCUUGCCCUCUGAUGUGGACGAUUCAGAAGGCAUGGAUAUUGCGUGA